AUGACUUAUAAUAUAAGCAAACAAAUCUUCCAUGGUAAGUUGUUGCCUCAUCUUCUUCUCUCACUCCGAUUCCCCUUCUUCACUUCUUCCUCUCUGCUCUUCUCCCAUUUCCGUCUUUUAGUAAAAGGAAUGAACAGCUCCUUCUCCUCAGGCAUGACCCAUCCGCAGUUGGUCAUCGAAAAUCUGUCGGUUGGAUGGAGAUUCCACCCGACGGAUGAAGAACUCCUCGUCCAUUAUUUAAAGCCUAAAAUUCUCGGUGAUCGGAUCACUGACUCCGACGUCAAAGAAAUCAAUGUCCCCCAUUAUAAUCCUUAUGAACUAUUUGGUCAAUUUAGUAGUAAUUUUAGCAAUAUAGAAAGGUAUUUUGUUUCUCCCUGUGAGUACUAUGAGAAUAGUAAAUUGCGGAAGAGGAAAGUAAGAGAUGGGGGAUUUUGGAAAAGCACCGAAGAUCCUAGGGAAAUCACAAUCGGAGAUACCGAAGAGGUGAUUGGCACAAAGAGAUCGUUGGUGUACCAUAAUCAUGAUGCCACCGAAAUGAUCAUGACUGAAUAUGCGUACACUGCUCAAAUCGAUAGGCCCAUUAUGUUUUUUAUUGCUAGAAAGUAUAACAAGGAAGUUGAGUUUGUGAUUACAAGAAUAGGUAAUUAUGUUAUCUACAAAUUAAAGAGAAAUUCAAAAAAGAAGAAAGCGGGAAGUAAGAAGUUGACGAAAUUAGCUGAAGCGGAUAGCAUGGGAAAACCAAAGAAGAAGACGAGAAAAGGUGAAUCGUCAAUCUGUAAUUCAGCUUCAGCUUCGAUGUCUGCUUUUGAAAAUAAGAAUUUAGAGAAUAUGUCAGCUAGUCCAGCCUAUGGUCAAGGUGAAAAAAGCAGCCAUAUGCCUUCUGAUAUUUUUGUUUUUUGA